ACCCUAAUACGACCCAUCAUAGAUGGGCGUAUAAGUGCUCAGACACAUUGACGUAACCCCACAUGUGGCGUGCGCAAUUUUUUUCAUUUUACGUAAGGGACAUCACUCUAAAUUACUGCUGUUUAUUUGCAAACAUGGUCGACGAAGCCACUAAGAAAUCUUUAGCUCAAAUCCCUCUGUUGAAGACCAAAGCUGGUCCCAGGGAUGGUGAAGAGUGGAUUCAGAGGUUGAAAGAAGAGUAUCAAUCUUUGAUAAAGUAUGUACAGAACAACAAGGAAGCCGACAAUGACUGGUUUCGUCUCGAGUCCAACAAGGAAGGGACGCGGUGGUUCGGAAAGUGUUGGUACAUCCACGAACUCCUUAAAUACGAGUUUGAACUCGAGUUUGAUAUUCCUGUCACGUACCCGACAACAGCUCCAGAGUUAGCGUUACCAGAGUUAGACGGAAAAACGGCCAAGAUGUACAGAGGUGGAAAAAUUUGUUUGACUGAUCACUUUAAGCCACUGUGGGCUCGCAAUGUCCCCAAGUUUGGAAUUGCUCAUGCGAUGUCACUAGGGCUUGGACCGUGGCUUGCUGUGGAGAUACCCGACUUGAUACAUAAAGGCGCAAUAACACAUAAAGACGAUUCCAAUGCUGCAAAGAACCAAUGACGAAGGCUUCUCUAGUCUGUUAAGUUAUUGAAGGCUGGUAUAAUGAUAGUGUCGAGGUGAAGUAAUGACGUGUUUACAAACGUGCAAUACGCCAACAUGUUGGGGUUUUAACAGUGUCAAUACACACUAAAGUUCAGGUAUCAUCAAUCAAGAACGGUUGUCCAGGUUGUUGGGAGGUUACCGCAUGAUAAUGGAAUAAAACAAACAGUACUUUGUUAUUAGCAAAAUGUGUUUAAAUAAAAACAACAACUCAAA